AUGUGGAAUGUGGCGCUCUUCAACCUUCAGCCGGGGCAGGUUCACGCCCUCGUCAUCGCGAAGUCUCACAGCGAGCUGCACUACCCAGAAGCCCCCAGCAAUGAACACCACGACGCAACCUCAUACGCCGCCUACGCAGCCCGCACAGGUCUCGACAUCGCCUCCAAGACAUACGUCGGCACGCACUACGAGUACACCGUAGCCGCCGCCCUAGCCCCCCUCGGCUUCACCAUCAAGCGCAUCGGCGGGCGGUCCGACCACGGCAUCGACCUGCUGGGGAUCUGGGCCGUGCCGUCCGCACUGCCACCAAACAAGACCCUGCGCGUGCUCCUGCAGUGCAAGGUCUCGUCCAAGAACACGGCCAUCGACCCCAAGAACAUCCGCGAGCUGGAGGGCGCCUUCGUGGGGGCGCCGGUGGGCUGGCGCGGCAGCGCGGGCGUGCUGGGCCUGCUGAUCGCGCAGAAGCCCGCCACGCGCGGCAUCCGGGACGCGCUGGGCCGCAGCCGCUGGCCCAUGGGCUACGUGUCGUGCUCCGCGGACGGCCGGCUCGAGCAGAUGAUCUGGAACCGCAGGGCUGAGGAGGAAGGGCUCGACGGGAUGGGGGUUGCGGCUCAGCUUUCCGAGGACGCUGGGCGCGAGAACCAGCGACUGGUUCUGACGUGGAAGGGGAGGCCGCAUGUGGCGACCUUGCCGCCUGUGGAUGACUCUAUUAAGUGGCCGGUUGAGGAGGUCAAGCCGGCUCCCAAGAAGACCCGGAAACCCAGAAAGUCCAAAGCUGCCAAGGAGCUCGAGAGUGCCGAUCUGAAGCCCGAAGAGGGUAUCCCCACCCUAGCAGCAGCGCCGACGAAGGAGGAUGUAAAGUCAUGA